AUGGCUUCAAAGUCAGUAACACGUAGAUCGAAUCCCGCGUUUCUCAUGUACGUAACCUUAGCAGCAGCGGCAGUUGGUUUUUUUGCAGCAUAUGUAUACCACAGAGUACAAGCACAAAGACGUGAGGCAAGGGACGACGAGGACGAUAAUGAAGAGAUCAAUGGACUGCCACGAGUAGAGACACGUCGAACAGGAACGAAUCAAGAAAGAGAUCAAAGGAAUCUUGCCUCUAGGUUAUUUAGAAGUGUAAUUAUUCAAAAAAAGAAAACCAUUUCAAUAUCAAUGAAGAAUACCUUGCUAUGGAAUCCAUCAUCGGAUCCAGACAACCCAAAUCAUGCAUUUUUCGAAAACAUAGUUCCUUUUCUUAAUCAACUCGCACAAUUAUAUGUAAUUUAUCUUGUCUGCCCAGUUUCAAGCACACAGGAAAAAGAACAAAUUCUCACACUACUUCGAAAUGCACAACAAUUUAGCAAUAAUGUUAUCGAUGAGCGAAAGGUUUUGUUCUGUGAAACGGAAGAAGGGAAAAUUCAUAUAAUCAGACAUCUUGAGACGAAUGUUCACGUCGAAGGAGGUACUAACGGAGAAGAAUGUGUAGAAAUGGAGCCAAUGGACCAAUGUCGAAGUUUGCCAGAACUUUUGGUCAAGCAGCUUGAGCCAUGA